GGUAGGGAGAAUCUGGGUAGGCUAGCUAGAACUGAAACCAUUUGACUCUAAGAAACUAGUAUCCAUGCUUGAUUCCCCCCAAUCCCCCCUGCCCUAGGUUCUUUUCUGCUCCAUCUAAAUAUGAAGGUCUGUGGACUUCUAGUGAGUCCUGGACCUGGGACACGACAGUGAGGGAAAUCAGACAUGGGGGACUGUCAUGUCCAGCAUGCAGUAAAUCUUUAUUGUCUUAGUGCUCAUUAUAUACUAUUUAAAUUGCAGCAGGUGUAACAUCAAAGCAUACCAUAUAAUGAUAACACAUAUGAAUGAUUAGUCUACUUUCUUACUAUUAUCUAUUUACUUCAGACAGUAGGGUACCAGGUGGUUAGUUCUCACGCACAUAAUCUUAUCGCCCCAUAGCUAGAGCUUGGGAAGUUCGCUUAUUAUUUUUGUUAUUCUCAGACUGUGGAGAUGUAGAGGCCUGACUCCACGCAGGUCACUUUCCGGGCUCUCAACACCAGGUCCUGUCACUUAGGUUUUCCUCCGAGACGCAUGUGUUUUCACAUGCCUUAGGUACUCAGGUCAAGGCCCUUCUGCUCACUGCGCGGGGUCUCUCCCAACAAAGGUCAACUCAGACUUCCAGUUUCUUCAGACAUUCUCCUACAUCCCCUAUUGUACCUCUGCUCACAGACUAUAUUCUUACAUUGGGGUGGGUAGGUGACUACUUAACAUACUAGUCAUUGGAGCCCCAAGUUAAAAAUCACACUAUGAAUGGGACCUAGUUGCAGAUCCUUGAUUUCCUUCAACCUUUUUAUUGAGAUAUAAGAGUAUUAAAACUGUUCAGCAACGAUGGAGGGCCUUAAAGAUACCAUACCUCAUUUUGUGAACAAGGAAGCUGACGUUAGGAAAUAAAUUUCUCAAAAUCAUAACUAUUAAGUGGUACAGAGAGAUUUUAAAACCUGUUCUUCUGACUCCAGGCCAAAUAAACCAAAGAAUAGAAAGUAUCAGUAAAAUGACAGGUGAUGGGGAAGAAAGUGGUCUCUAGUUUGAGUGUGUGGAAUUGUUGAAUCACACCUAAUUUCAAAGGUAUUAGCUAAAAUUUUGCCUCUGGCACGUUGGAGCUACAUUCCAAUAAUACUCUUAGCGUACCAUCAUAAUUUCAUCAGGUAUUAUACAUAAUUAUGUUAUUAAGUUAUAUGUAUAUAGGAAAAGUUAGAAAGCCAGAAUUCAGCUGUAUUUCAUUACUAAACGUUUCUGUUCUGUUUUUUCCCCUUCAUUACUAAUUAGAACCAUGACCCUCCUGGCAUGCCAUGAUGUCAUUGUACAUUCUCACUUUCUUUUCCUUAGUGAGAAGUUUGACAUAGUGUAAGGUGACCCUGGUUCCUUGCUAGUGAAGCUUUAUCAUACUUUGACAUGUAUUGCUACUGUGCUACUUAAGAACAAGAGGAAGGAGAGGUGUGUAUAAGGCUUAGUUUAUGUUCAGGACAGAGGUUGAAUGGAAUUUUACAUUUUUUUUCUCCAACAUUGAAGUACUACCACUCCUGACCAUGAACUUAGCCCUGUAUUAGGUACUAAAGUUAAUACAAAAGGUGGAUUACAUUGGUCUCCACACUGUAGUUGAGACUUGAGUAAAUUUUGUGAGCAGUAUGAACAGUAGAGAAGUGCUUGGGGACAAAGGGUCCAGUUAGGGAUAUUUUCUUCAACUGGGCUUUUGUGAUCUCACGUUUUAUAGAACAAAGGUGGAACAAUUUUUAACUUUCACCUUUUUUCUAAAAGCAUUAUAAAUGGCUUAUACAAUUCAAUCUGUUCUUCAUCUAAGAAAAAGACAUCUCUGUUAUUCUUGAUGGAAUAUUUCACAAUAGCUUGUGUUAGUCACUUGCAGGUGAGGUAACAAAAAUCAGCUUUUUGUUAAGAAUAUGAAGGAAGAAUAUGACCUGUCCUUUCAGUGUAACUUUUUUUUAAAGAUUUAUUUUAUUUAUUAAUGCAUACAAGAGCUCGGGUGUGGGCCAAAGAUGCUGGGGUGAGAAGAUUCACCAGAGAGAGAGUGGGGAGCAGAAUAGGAGGAUCUAAUAAAAUACAUUGCUGAAGGGAGCAGUGGACGAGACAGGAGAGGUCUGCUGCACCAUGUGGGUUAGCUCCCUGGCUGGGGAUCAACUCAUGCUGCAGUGGCUGCUGAUAGCUUGAUAGUGCUGAAACUUAACCCCUUGUGCCAGCAGGGAGGCCCUAGUGUAACUUUUUUAGAACUUUUUUUUUAAGGAUUCCUCAGUCUUGAACAUACAGUUUGUAAGCACUAAACCCAAAACAGCAGACAACCAUCCUGAGUUUAAUAGGGACACAUAGUAGGUGGGUAAAACCCUAAGCCAUAGACUGCCAGAAUCCCCGAGUUUCAGAGGUAAAAGGAAGAUGAACUGCCUAUAUGUGUUCACAUGUCAACUAAGUGAUCAGCUGACUGGAAAGAGUAGAGAGCUGGUGCAGGAGGAAGAGACCCACUUGUUCAAAACUGAAGGGGAGCCAGGGACAAGAGUAAAAGUGCAAGAGAUGGAUUGUCACACGUGUCUUUAUUAGUGGGAUACAUGGCUCCAAAGCCCUGAUCACAAAAAUCUUCAUUUGAACCCUUUAUUAAACUCUUCCACAAUGCAGAACUAUAAAUGAAGCUCUCACUGGGCUUUGGGGACUCCACUCAAGUCAGUUUUCACAUGAAUUUCACAAAUUGCUAUGACAGCAAACUCACUCUUCUUUGGAGAAAUAAAUGCCUGCAAUUUUGAUAUUACAUUAAGCUUUUUAUGUGAAAUUUUGGGCAAUUUUCUAGAAUCAUUGUUUAAGGAUUAUGGCUUGGGACUGGCAAAUGAGUCUUAUUUUUAAAAACAGUUUUUUGCGUGGGUGAAUGUGGAAGUGUGGGCAUAGUGUCAGAUAAGUGAAUGUGUGGGUAUUCAUGUAUCUAUAUCAGUGAAAGCCGUGAUAAUUACUAUCCUCAGUACCCACGUUGGCACCAUACUGUGUUUUAAAUUGCAGAUCUAAACAGAGUGCUAGUUAACAGGAAAUUACAUUUUCAGUUUAACAGUGGCAUUUGAUUAUGCAGCAAGUAGCAGGUUUCUUCCUUUCUCUCUUAUUCAUUCUUCCUUUUUUUCACACUAGUAAAUACAUUUAGCACCCAUCUGCUUGAGAAAAAGGAACAUUGGGGCAACGAUGGGUUUUUGUCAUGAAUACCGGGGACUUGGUGUGAUGUCACUGCAAGCUCUGUGUGAUCGUAGGUGGUGUUAGAGCUCUAGGAGCCAGAGGGGGAGAGAGCAGUGGAAGAGACGAUGUCGCUCUCAGACAAACAGUCAGCCUCUCACUCUGCUGCUUUCGGCCAGCUCUGUAAGGGCAGACCUGCAGAGUGUCGGAUGGACUCCCCAAAAGAAAUCAGCCAAGCUGGAUUUGAGUGGCAGAGGACAGAGGGCAGACUAAAUGAAAUCGGGCUGAAUGUCAGCAUGGAUGGGCAGCUGAAAGACGGGCUUGUGAAGAAUGCCAGCUUCCUGGAGCAGAAUAAGCUCUGCUUCUUUGAGGGGAAGCUAGACAAAGAGCUCAGCAUUGAAGUGCAGGACAAGGACUGUCAAGCAACCUCAGGUCACCUUGAGAGCAGGUAUGUGAUUUCAGAAAGCUACCCUCCCUCAGGGGGCAACUCAGUCCUCCAGAAGACAGCUGAGUUCCAUCUGGGACCGAUAGAGGGGCCAGACAAAAACAAAACCACUGCAGUUCAGGGGACAGUGAGAGGGGAAAAUAGACCAGAGACCAAAAGCCAGACAGAUCUGAAUUUCACUGGAGCUGCUGACAUCCCCACUGAGCAUGUUAAGGAGCAAGAAACCAGUGUUUGGAACCCCAACUUUCAUCCAGUGGCUCAAGGCUCUCAGGGCUCAAAGGAAGCAGCUCCAGGAAAAGAAAAUGGCAUCAUCCCUGACUGUGGGGUAAUUGGAGUGGUGAAUAACUCUGGGCAGACAGAAUGUGAGUCCUCACUGCUGACUGUAGCCCAUUCAACCCCUGCUGUUGAGCAUUCACCCACUGCCAUUCCACCCAUCACUAUGGUGGAGUUCACCCAGGAAUAUUUGAAUGCCAGCUCUCAUAUCAAGGACCAUGAUAAGGAGUUGGAGAAAUUGUGUUCUACUGAGGAGGGGGCUUUGCUUGACCAAGCCCCCCAGCAGAAAAAGGCAAUGCGUCGGGCCCUGUCUGAAUGUUCUCACCUCUCAGUUCCUCCAGCUGUCAACCUUGCAGAUAAGUAUCCUGAACUCCCACCCCCAGAAGAGCUCUCUUCUGGCCUGCUGCCUUUCUCCAGUAGUCCAAUGCCAAGUCCUCUACCCAGAAAACUGGGGGCUCCUGCUAUAAGGCGCUCCAUGACAGUGGCUGAGGAACAGACAGCUAGCUACAAAUUGAAUCCUGCAGAACUGCCCAUCCCAUCUACUGAGAAGAUACCUCCUUUCAUCAUUGAGGAAUCAGUGACCAAGAAAGAAGAACCGACCAACUUUAGCAGCAGCAGCUGCACUGGGAAAAAGGAACUGGGCACUGCUGGGUUCUCUCUCCAUGGUAAGCUGGAGCAGAUUCCUGAAGUAAGCAGCAAGGAAAAGGGGCAAGAAGAUACUAGUGAAACAAGAACAGAUUCAUGCUCCCAAGUCUGCCAGGGAGGUGAGAAACAGCUGGGACAAACGACUCUGGCAGGGAAGAAAGAAAUUGAGGUCACUGCAACCCAGAGCACUCCAUCGUUUCAGUGUGAAGAGACCCCACGUGAUGGUAUGUUUCUAAAUUUUGCCUCCUUGGGGAGCAAGCCCAGCAAGGAAGGAACCACAGUGACAGAUUACUGGCAGGAGCAUUAGGCUGCUGGAGUCUGACAGCCUGGGGAAAGCUUAAUUCUGUUGCAUUGGAAGGUUGCUGGGAGUCAGGCAAGAAAGCAAGCGAAGUGAAUCUACCUGGGUCAACCUGAAUGCCUGCUGGCAGGGCAGAUUGGGGUGGGCUAAUUGGGUUGGGAGUACAUAGGAUCAGAGGGUGGUGGGCAUACGAAACAGACUCCCUUACUUGCCUUCCUGUCUCCCAUCCCCCAUCCUCUCACCCCUCAGCUCCCUGUUGGUUUGAACCAGAUGCCCUGAGCUCUAAAUCAUCCAAUCGCAGCUGAUUGAUUUCCUUGCUUGAAAAUCUGUCACUGUGUAGAUUCACAAUGGGUUUAUCAGCACUAACCUCCUCUUUAAGUAGCACAGUCUGGGUGCAAGCUCUGUUUUCCGUUUUGCUUUUGAGAAUGUUUUACUUUUGUUCUAGCUGAAAAGAGCCCUUUAAAGCUGGCUAUUUAAUAUUCUUUUCCUGUUCUUCAUGUUUGACCCAAUCUUGCUUCUAGUUUUCUCUUUCUUUAUGAGUAUAGGGAGGAUUUGUGGGGAGAAGGAGAAGAAAGGGAAAGAGGAGAGGAGAAACUUGCAUUUAAUAAACAGCUAAAUGUUGCUGUCUUUGUGACUGCCUCUGUGCCUUUCUUCAUGGCCCUUUCUUUUCUUCCCCAUCCCCCAACUCCCAUGGGUCUUAUUGUUGGUGGUCUAAAAAAGCUUAUUUUCCUCUGAAUCCAGUUUCAGCACAAAGGAUCAUGAUUCACAAGAUUGUUAACAGGAAUUAAAAAUAUGUAUUUUGUUUGGAGGGGAUCCCCUGUUUUCUGAGGAACUGUUUUCUCUAGUAUUUAUUCCUCUUAGUAUAUUUUAAUGAAAAAUUUUACCCUUUUCCUUUCAAAAUUGGAAGUGGUAUUUUCUAGGGGAGGGUUAAGUGAAACCUGACUCUCGAAUACUGAAAGGUCGUUGUUCAAUGGAGAUGAGUAAAGAAGCCUCAUAUUUCCUCUAUGAUUUCUUAUGACUCCAAGAUGUCAAGAACUUGAGUAUUCAUUUCUCUUGUUUACUUCGAGCUGAAGCAGACUGUCCGCAUGGACAUGACUGUGUCAUCUUUUAUGAUCCCCAGGUGCCCAGUUCAGUGCCAUGUACCUUCUAGGUUGUAAUAACUGUGAUUUUCUUGUUGUUGUUGUUGUUCAUUUAUUUCAGAACAAGUUCUUCCUAGUUUACAGUAACAGAAGAUCUGGUAGAAAAUGCUGGUAGAAAAAAAUUUCAAAUGACUGGCAAAACUCAUUGAAAAAUGUUUGAAUGCUAGCUCAACUAACCACUAAGUAGAUAAAACUGCAUAAAGUUUUAUUUAUGUAACAUACCUACCAUGUGCCAAUAUCUUUCUAGGCUCUGAAUAUUAUCCUUUAUCCUCAAGCAACUUAUGAUCUUUUUGGGGGGAAGGGACGUGGGUGAAUCAUGGAAGUGACCCUUGGAAAUCUGAUGCAAAGGUAUGAAGCCUAAACAACUCAUGUUAGGUAAAAGAACAAAAGUAAAGAUCUCUGGGACACUCUCAUAGGGAUUAUUUGAUUGCAAAGAAUGAAAGCACACUCAGAGGAACUCAAAUUUAUUAAAAAUGUUUAUUGUCAGGCUAUAGAAGAAUCCCAGGGAAUCUAGUUGCAUUUCAGGAAGUAUAGCCAAGCUGUAGCCAAUCUGUAUAUCUCACAGAAGCUCUGUUUCUUCCUAAACAUGUGUUCCACUCUCUUCCCUUUUGGAAACUUUUUUUUCUCUGCCGUCUCCCUUUGCUUCCUUUUUGACUCUGGUCUGUAUAAGACAGUGAGUUUCCUGGGUUUGGGCUCUGUACAUCACUUUAUGCCCUCAUAUAUCUUAGAGAGCCAAGUCGCUUGCCUGCAUAUUUCAUGUUUUCUUUCUUUUAAAUAUGUCUUACUGGCACAGUUUCGUCCAGUCAAGUGUUUGCUGGGUACUACAGCCUUCUUUACGAGUCAUGGUCAUUUAGAUAUGCCCACUUCAUUCAUUGGGAGGCUUCUUUAGAGAAGGGUGUGGGUUGAGCAAAUAUACCAAAACCUCCUGUACAUACUGGCAAGAAAUUAUGAGAGAAAAAAAAUCUAGAAAGUUGUUGGACACCCACAUUUCAAAAGACCCCUGAGAUUUUUAAACAUUACUCCCAUGUUUAAAAACAUUGCCUAAGUCAAAUAAAGUGGCCAAAAAUCUGCUUUGGGGAGACUCACCUGUUCUCAGUAGAUAAAAUGAACUAAAAAGCAGAGAAAGUCAGAAAAAACAUAGUUUUAUUCAUGAAAUAGCAGAUGAAAUUUUAAGGACUUAAUAGGGGAAAUAUGACAAGUGAAAUCAGCUGGACCUGAACAUUGAAUGUGGGAGUGAGAGAAACAGAUAGACAAAGGUGGUGCUUUACUUGAGCCUGUGUUUCCCAGAAGGUAGUAGUAUCAAUAGGAGAAAAAUCCAACAUAAGAGAGAAGGUUUGUUGAGCAGUUACGAGGGUGUUUUUUUUUUUUUUUUUUUUUUAAGAUUCAUCCAUCCAUGCAUACAAGAGCAGGGACACAGGCCAGAGGCGUGUGUGUGUGGGGGGGGUGAGGAUUCAACAGAGACAGAGUGGGGAACAGAACAGGCAGACUAACUGAAGUACACUGCUGAGGGGAGCAGCGGGCAAAUCAGGAGAGGUCUGCUGUGCUAUAUGGGUUGCCCCCUGGCCAGCCGGGGAUUGAAUUCAUGCUGCAGAGGCUGCGGACAGCUUCACAGACUGUGUCCCAACCCCUUGUGCCACCAGGGAGGAGUUUUGUUUUUUUAUAUUGAGAAAUCAUAGGGACAUUUAUGUGGUGGUCUCUAGCAAUUGGCUGAUAGAUACCCUUGAGGGAAAGAGGAACUGUCAUGGUAAAAAGCAUCAUCUGGAAGGGAGAUAGUAGAUAGUAGUUUCUGCUUGUGUGUACGUGAGGUGUUUUUAUCGUGUGACAUUACUUGUACAGGUUGAGAUGUUGUGUGUUUAUGUCAUAGGAAUUGAGACUUCACAGAUUGUUCAUGUUGUUUACUGAAAAAUCCUGUGUCUGUUGAAAAGUAUUGAUAGUGAUCUGGGACCUAUGACAAUAAAUCACACAUUUGAUAUUUUUCACUUGCUAUGGAACAAAAGUAUUACUGAUUUUGUGUGGCUAGGCCCUUUUUAUUUCUUCACAGCUUAAAAAUUUUCAAAUUUCAGUUUUUGACUAGAAAUACACAUGAUUUCAAACAUCAAUCAAUACAAAAUGCUACACAUUAGAAAAUCUACCAAGGCAUGAUAACACUUAUUCAUGUUUUCUUAUGCCUAUCUUAUAGUACAGUUAAACAUGCUAGAAAGAAUUCAAUAGAGAAUCAUAAAAGGAAUCCAAAAGGUAGA